GGACCUAAAGGAGACAAGGGAGUCAACGGAACCAUCGGAGCAACUGGAAAGGAUGGAAUGAAGGGCGAGAUAGGAAUAAAAGGAGACAAGGGAGAAAUUGGAAUGGGAACCCCUGGUGAUGUUGGACCUAAAGGAGAAAAGGGAAUUCGCGGAACCACUGGUACAAAAGGCGCAUCCGGUUCGAUUGGAAAGGAUGGAAUAAAGGGUGAUAUUGGACCAAAAGGAGACAAGGGAGAAAUUGGAGUUGGAAUUCCAGGUGCUGUUGGACCUAAAGGAGACAAGGGAGUCAACGGAACCAUCGGAGCAACUGGAAAGGAUGGAAUGAAGGGCGAGAUUGGAAAAAAAGGAGACAAGGGAGAAAUUGGAAUGGGAACCCCUGGUGCUGUUGGACAUAAAGGAGAAAAGGGAAUUCGCGGAACCACUGGUACAAAAGGCGCAUCCGGUUCGAUUGGAAAGGAUGGAAUUAAGGGUGAUAUUGGACCAAAAGGAGACAAGGGAGAAAUUGGAGUUGGAAUUCCAGGUGCUGUUGGACCUAAAGGAGACAUGGGAGUCAACGGAACCAUCGGAGCAACUGGAAAGGAUGGAAUGAAGGGCGAGAUAGGAAUAAAAGGAGACAAGGGAGAAAUUGGAAUGGGAACCCCUGGUGCUGUUGGACCUAAAGGAGAAAAGGGAAUUCGCGGAACCACUGGUACAAAAGGCGCAUCCGGUUCGAUUGGAAAGGAUGGAAUUAAGGGUGAUAUUGGACCAAAAGGAGACAAGGGAGAAAUUGGAGUUGGAGUUCCAGGUGCUGUUGGACCUAAAGGAGACAAGGGAGUCAACGGAACCAUCGGAGCAACUGGAAAGGAUGGAAUGAAGGGCGAGAUUGGAAAAAAAGGAGACAAGGGAGAAAUUGGAAUGGGAACCCCUGGUGCUGUUGGAUCUAAAGGAGAAAAGGGAAUUCGCGGAACCACUGGUACAAAAGGCGCAUCCGGUUCGAUUGGAAAGGAUGGAAUUAAGGGUGAUAUUGGACCAAAAGGAGACAAGGGAGAAAUUGGAGUUGGAAUUCCAGGUGCUGUUGGACCUAAAGGAGACAAGGGAGUCAACGGAACCAUCGGAGCAACUGGAAAGGAUGGAAUGAAGGGCGAGAUAGGAAUAAAAGGAGACAAGGGAGAAAUUGGAAUGGGAACCCCUGGUGAUGUUGGACCUAAAGGAGAAAAGGGAAUUCGCGGAACCACUGGUACAAAAGGCGCAUCCGGUUCGAUUGGAAAGGAUGGAAUAAAGGGUGAUAUUGGACCAAAAGGAGACAAGGGAGAAAUUGGAGUUGGAAUUCCAGGUGCUGUUGGACCUAAAGGAGACAAGGGAGUCAACGGAACCAUCGGAGCAACUGGAAAGGAUGGAAUGAAGGGCGAGAUUGGAAAAAAAGGAGACAAGGGAGAAAUUGGAAUGGGAACCCCUGGUGCUGUUGGACCUAAAGGAGAAAAGGGAAUUCGCGGAACCACUGGUACAAAAGGCGCAUCCGGUUCGAUUGGAAAGGAUGGAAUAAAGGGUGAUAUUGGACCAAAAGGAGACAAGGGAGAAAUUGGAGUUGGAAUUCCAGGUGCUGUUGGACCUAAAGGAGACAAGGGAAUCAACGGAACCAUCGGAGCAACUGGAAAGGAUGGAAUGAAGGGCGAGAUAGGAAUAAAAGGAGACAAGGGAGAAAUUGGAAUGGGAACCCCUGGUGCUGUUGGACCUAAAGGGGAAAAGGGAAUUCGCGGAACCACUGGUACAAAAGGCGCAUCCGGUUCGAUUGGAAAGGAUGGAAUUAAAGGUGAUAUUGGAAGGAAAGGAGAUCAGGGGGAAAUUGGAGUUGGAAUUCCUGGUGCUGUCGGUUUUAAGGGGAGAAAAGGAGAUACCGGUCCAGUAGGCCCAGCAGGUCCGGGUAAAAUCCAAGGAACUAAGGGUGAAAAAGGAGAAAUUGGAAUCAAGGGUGACAUUGGAUCAAAAGGUGACAAAGGUGAAAUUGGAGCUGGAAUCCCUGGCGCUGCUGGACCAAAUGGUCCUGCUGGUCCUAAAGGAGAAAAAGGUGAAAAUAGUAGAAAGAAAAAAAAGCCACAUCACAAAUUCCAUCGACCAACCACAAAAAAACCAAAGUUGAAAAAUGUUGCCCCACAUAUAAUGCCCAUUUUUUCCUUAUGAUCCAUCACAGAAGAAACGUUUUUUCGGUGAAAAAUCUUGAAAGGAUUUAUUGUUUUGUUCAAUAAAAAUUAACUUAUGAU